CACAUAACCGAAGAUACUAACGGCGUUCCAUAUUUCGCUGCUCGAAUUUUGGCAUCCAGGCAACGGUGCAACAAUUAUUACAUGUGUGUGGUGGUCGAAGCUAAAUAGAGUUUGUGAUAAUGGUAGUCCUAAGGGCUAAAUGUAUUAUAGUAGGUAACGCUACUGUUGGUAAAAGUGCACUUACCCAAGUAUUUCAUAGUGAUGGAAGCCACUUUCCUAAAAGUUAUGCAAUGACGAUUGGUGUUGAAUUGUGUGUCAAGACUGUUCACAUUCCAGAAACAAAUGAUGCAGUGGAAUUAUUUCUGUACGAUUCAGCAGGGAAAGAAACGUUUUCUGAUUAUGUCCAUCAGUUUUGGGAUCAGCCAUCAGUGACAAUGGUAGUCUUUGAUGUCACCAAUCCAGACUCAUUUAAAAGUUGUAACAAGUGGAUUGAGCGUGUGCGUGCUGCUGCCGGUCAGGAUAUUCCAGCUGUUCUCGUUGGAAACAAAAUUGAUUUGGAAGGAAGGCGAAAUCUGGGUUCCAACACAGCAGAAGAAUAUGCUAACCAGAAAGGCAUCAGAUAUUUUGAAUGUUCUGCUAAGGAGCAAGAGAAUGUGGAUGCACCAUUUUACUAUCUCGCAAAUGAAUUUUACCGUCUGUACCAAAGCAAAAUUGAGAUAAUGAAGACACUAUCAGAAUAAUAACAAACCCAUACAAGAUGAAGCUAAAUGGGGAAAACUGUGUGUUGUACAGCAAUAUUGUCAAGUUUGAAGGGAACAUAGUUUGAAAAUAAAACUUGAAUAAGCAAUUAUUUUCUGGAGAAUAAAAAUGAGAGAAGGCAGGGAAGAAAGGAAAGAAGGCAAUAAUGGCUCUUCUAUUUCUUCGUCAGUGCCUGAAAUAGCACCUUGAGCAUUUCUUCAAAGUUGAUAUUAGCGCUAUACAAAUCUUAUUUAUUAAAUGUAACAUGACAAUA